AUGUUUGACGCCGGGGUCAUGCCACCACCAAAUCAACGGCCGCAGCGGCAGAAGAAGAGGAUGACUUCACCAGAAAGGUGGGAGAUUCGGCAACUGAUCGCAUCAGGCGUCGCAAAGGCCUCUGACUACCCUGACCUCAACGAAGACUACAAUGCAACGUUGCGUGGCGAUGGCGAGAUGGAACUCGAGGAGGAGGUCGAUAUCGAGGUUCGCGAGGAGGAGCCCCCGUUCCUGGCCGGACAGACUAAGCAGUCCCUUGAGCUGUCGCCGAUCCGCGUCGUGAAGGCACCGGAUGGCUCAAUGAAUCGCGCAGCCAUGUCAGGCACUGCACUCGCCAAGGAACGGAAGGAGUUGAAGCAGCAAGAAGCAGAGGCUGCAGCGCAAGAGGAGAACAAGGUUGAUCUCUCCACACAAUGGAACGACCCCAUGGCCGACCCCGACAAGCGCAAGUUUGCCAGCGACAUGAGAAACGCGAGACAGCAAGCGCCCAAACCCGAUGCCGUCCCGGAAUGGAAGCGUGCUGUGCAGCCCAAAGACCAGUCGUUUGGCAAGAGGACAGACAUGAGCAUGAAGCAGCAGCGGGAGUCUCUGCCUGUCUUUGCUUUCCGCCAAAAGUUCCUCGACGCCGUCAACGACCACCAGGUCAUGGUUGUCAUUGGAGAGACAGGCUCUGGCAAGACUACUCAGCUCACACAAUACCUGGCUGAAGGUGGUUUCGCCAAUCAUGGUGUCAUUGGAUGUACGCAACCGCGUCGUGUAGCUGCCAUGUCUGUCGCCAAACGUGUGGCGGAAGAAGUCGGCUGCCCCUUGGGUGAAGAGGUGGGCUACACCAUUCGAUUUGAGGACCGGACCAGCCCGGCAACGAGGAUCAAGUACAUGACGGAUGGUAUGCUUCAGCGUGAGAUCUUGGUCGACCCCGAUCUGAAGCGGUACUCGGUCAUCAUGCUUGACGAAGCGCACGAACGUACCAUCUCGACUGAUGUGUUGUUCGCUCUGUUGAAGAAGACGAUGGCCCGCCGCAAGGACCUGAAAGUCAUUGCGACAUCAGCAACUCUCGACGCCGAUAAGUUCUCCUCGUACUUUAACGGGUGUCCUAUCUUUACGAUCCCUGGUCGAACCUUCCCCGUCGAAGUCUUGUAUUCUCGCGAACCGGAAUCCGACUAUCUCGACGCAGCUCUGGUCACGGUGAUGCAGAUUCACCUCACAGAGCCGCCUGGAGACAUCUUGCUCUUCUUAACUGGACAGGAGGAAAUCGACACAUCGUGCGAGAUUCUAUUUGAGCGGAUGAAAGCUCUAGGACCGAACGUACCUGAGCUGCUCAUCCUUCCCGUUUAUUCCGCUUUGCCGAACGAGAUGCAGAGUCGCAUUUUCGAUCCGGCACCGCCGGGCUGCCGGAAGGUCGUCAUCGCCACCAACAUCGCAGAGACGUCCAUCACCAUCGACAAUAUCUACUUUGUCGUUGACCCCGGAUUUGUCAAGCAGAACGCCUACGACCCCAAACUCGGCAUGGACUCUCUUGUCGUCACCCCUAUUUCACAGGCUCAGGCCAACCAAAGAGCAGGCCGAGCAGGACGUACCGGCCCCGGCAAGUGCUUCCGUCUGUACACCGAAGCAGCCUAUCAAUCUGAGAUGUUGCCCACAACGAUUCCCGAAAUCCAGCGCCAAAACUUAUCGCACACGAUUCUCAUGCUCAAGGCUAUGGGCAUCAACGACUUGCUUCAUUUUGACUUCAUGGACCCACCUCCAAUCAACACCAUGUUGACAGCUCUUGAAGAGUUGUAUGCACUUAGUGCGCUAGAUGACGAAGGUCUUCUGACCCGUCUCGGCCGCAAAAUGGCUGAUUUCCCUAUGGAGCCUUCGCUUGCGAAGGUCCUGAUCAUGUCAAUCGACAUGAACUGCUCAGCCGAGAUGCUCAUCAUUGUCGCAAUGCUCAACCUGCCGAACGUGUUUUACCGUCCCAAGGAGAAGCAGACACAAGCCGACCAGAAGAAGGCCAAGUUCCACGACCCCGCUGGCGACCACCUGACCCUCCUCAACGUCUACAACUCCUGGAAGCAGUCGAGCUACUCAAGUCCUUGGUGCUUCGAGAACUUCAUCCAGGCCCGCUCAAUGAAGCGAGCCAAAGAUGUCCACGAUCAGCUUGUCAAGAUCAUGGACCGAUACCGUCACCCUGUCGUCAGCUGCGGACGCAACACACAGAAAGUCCGACAGGCACUCUGCUCGGGCUUCUUCCGCAACGCCGCGCGCAAGGAUCCGCAGGAGGGGUACAAGACGCUCACUGAGCAGACGCCAGUUUACCUGCACCCGAGCUCGGCCUUGUUCGGCAAGCAAGCUGAGUGGGUGAUUUAUCACACACUAGUACUCACGACUAAAGAGUACAUGCACUGCUCAACAUCUAUUGAGCCCAAGUGGCUCGUGGAGGCGGCACCGACGUUCUUCAAGGUGGCGCCGACGGACAAGCUGUCGAAGAGGAAGAAGGCGGAGAGGAUCCAGCCGCUGUACAACAAAUUUGCUGGGGAGGACGAUUGGCGUCUCAGUGCGCAGAAGAAGGGGGGACGGUCUGGAGGCGGUGGGAGCUUGUCACAUCGCAGGUUCUAUAACCCGUGUCUCCAAUAUGUAAGCCGUUGUCGAAGUAUCCUGAUGAUACGAGCAAUAGGUCUCAUCGCUUGCGUCGCGGCAUUGCCAUCGAUGCUAAAAUCGAGCCGUGCCUAUAUUUACAGGGUGACGAACGCGAACAACACCAGGGAAGCCUGUCAUGGGCUGAGAGCAAGCAGGACGGAAGCCGUGCCAAUCGAAGAGCUGUCUGUGGGCGACUCUGCUGGGUAUUUCCCGCUUUGUUGA